AGCUUUUAAGAAGUUGAUAAUUAAUAAAUGAAUUAUGAAUUGGUGACAAAGGUUUAGAAUAGAGUGAAUUUAGGGUUUAAGCAUGGUAUGUAUAUUCCAUGUAGCCCUAUUCCCUUUUCCCUGAAAUUUAACCAAACCAGCAUCGCUGCCAUCAAUUUCAUUCCGAGCUCGCCCCUCCUCCAUGGGCUGCGUUUGCCUAACCGACGACCCGCCGCCUCUGUUUCUCUAUCCGCCGCCGCUCAACCCCCCUCCCCGCCCGCCGUGGCCGCCGGAACUCGAGUUCGAUAACUCCGAAAAGAUCAUCUAUAUCCGCUCAGUCUGGUCGGGCAAUCUCGACUACGAAUUCUACCUCAUUCGCCAGCUCAUCGAUCUCUAUCCCUUCGUCUCCAUGGACACCGAGUUCCCCGGCGUCGUCAUCCGCCGCCACAGCUCCUACUCCGACCCGCUCGAGCGGUACCACACCCUCAAAUCCAACGUCGACGCGCUCAAGCUUAUUCAAGUGGGGAUCACGCUCUCGAACGCGCUCGGGCACCUCCCCAACCUCGGCCACUCCGACCGCUGCUUCAUCUGGGAGUUCAAUUUCCGCGAUUUCGACAUCUCGCGCGACGACCACGCGCCCAACUCGAUCGACCUCCUCCGGCACCAGGGCAUCGACUUCGAUUCCACUCGCAAGCACGGCGUCUCCACCUCGCGCUUCGCGGAGCUCAUGAUGUCGUCUGGCCUGCUCUGCAAUGACAAUGUCACAUACAUCACCUUCCACAGCGGGUAUGAUUUCGGUUAUCUCAUUAAGGCCAUCACCGGGCAGGUCCUCCCGGGAACGCUUACUGAGUUUCUCAAUUUGCUUAGGGUUAUUUUUGGGAAUCAUGUUUAUGAUAUCAAGCAUUUGAUGAGGUUCUGUGAGGGGCUUCAUGGUGGGUUAGAUAGGGUGGCGCGGUCUCUUGGCGUGGACCGUGCAGUAGGAAAGUGUCACCAAGCGGGCUCUGAUAGCAUGCUGACCUGGCACGCUUUCGAGAGGAUAAGAGAAUUCUACUUUGACAAUGGUGAGGAAUGCCUAGCAGAAAAGUAUGCUGGGGUUCUUUACGGUUUAGAGGUCUUUUGUUGAUUAGCUUCUCUGCUGAAGAAGGUGCACUGAAGCUGUUCCAUAAAGUCGUUUCUUCUAGCGUUGUUCUUGGUUGAUAUGUAAAUGAUGGAUAAUAGUAAAGCUAGCCAAUUUUCAGAAUAAUUAUUUUU